AUGUCGUUGCUUAACUUGACGAUCACAGCCUAUGAUAGGUUUUCUGCAUUGGUUACACCAUUGAAAUAUUCCACACUGGUUACUGUUAAUACAUCGGUGAUUGUUAUUAUUUUAUCAUGGAUCACAAUAACGGCAUUAGGGUUAUCGCCUCUUAUGGGAUGGUAUACCGAGUGUCCAAUCUGUUCUUUUCACAUGAUUCAACAAAACUGUAUUUUGUUCCUUUUAGGUGUCAUAUUUCUUCCCAAUUUUUUAAGCAUUUGUUAUUUUUAUUAUCGCAUCAUGAGCAUCGCUAGAAAGCAAUCCCGGGCAAUUUCAGCAAUUCAUCUCGCUGUCUAUCCAGUUCUGAUCAACAAGAACCUUAGUCUGCAAUUCAAAGGAUCCAAGUACGCUAAAACACUCGCCAUCAUCAUGGGGAUCUUCUCAUUUUCGUGGCUACCUCUUAUAGUGACUCUUGUGUUUGAUAUAUUUUUCAGCGAUGUUCGCUGGCACGAAUAUCUCUUUCAUGAUUACUUUGCAUUAUUUAUUUACUGCAACAGUGCAUUGAAUCCAUGGAUCUAUUCAUUUAAAAACAACGACUUCAAAGCAGCCUUGAGGAGACUGAAGCGGAAAUUUUGCAGUACAUCUAACAAGGAAUCCACCAGCGUAGUGAGGUCAACUUCAAGGGCCUCUAUUGCUCUGAGUAGAACUAACAGUCUUGUCGGAAUGGUAAAUUUACAAUUACUCUACAAUACGUACAAAGAAGAAGUGGUUGCGGAAGCUUCAGUUGAAUUAGAGAAGUCAAACGAGAACUGCGAGCAGGGUUCAAGUACAGUACCUAAGAAUAAACAAACUCUGACUUCUCCUCAGGCUAGUGUGUGCUUAUCUGUCGGAAGGGAUGUGACUGACAUGAACUGUUCAGAUUGCGCUGUGCAGACUGAGUACAAUCAAGUUUCAGAAGAUGAAGUAUCUGAAAUACCAUUAUAG